AGCGAUUCUAAGCUAGCACUUACAUCCUUUCUUCACUAACAUAGCGCAUCCAAAUCUUCUUAUUUCUGUAGCGAGUUGAUGUUUUGGAUUUCAGUACUGGUUGGACAUAUUGAGGUCAAGACGCGCUGACUUUGGUGGAGUCCUCUUCUGUGCCCCAUCUUUGAGAGGUUACAACAGUGAAGAAUACCGACGAUUAGUGUGGUCCUCUUGUGAGAGAGUGAUGUCUGGUCUGGGCGAUUCUUUACCAUGGCGACUUGCUUUUUACAAUGCAUGGGAUCAAUGGGGCCUACCGCUCAAGGACUCUAUCAAGAUGCAGGCAAAACGUCUUGCCACUCAAGUGUCCAACGACAAACUUAUGGCUGUUGUACCUAUCUCGUCGUUCAUUCCCGACUUUAACACAUUUUCUGUUCUUCCCAACCUUCUUCAAACAGUUGUAAGUUCAACAGCGAUUGUAGUUUUAUCUGAAGUUAAGAUCUUUAUCUAUUAUAACAUGGCAUAUUUACCACCAUACCAAUUAUGA